AUGUCGUCGUCGCCCCAAGACAACUUCCGCGGCACGCCAAGUGGAGUUGCACGCAAAACCUCUGCGAUUUCCAUUGGCGCGUCGCAGGAUGAGUGGCAAAGUGCACACCUUGAAGAGGAGCACCAGCGUGAGCAAGACCUGGAUGCCGCGCGUCAGCUAAGCCGUGCACGAGGCUCGCACGGUAGUGGCCACAACGUUGGUAGCCCCCAGCGCUGGAUGGAGGACGAUGAACAGAAGCCUUCGUCGCCGUCGCACGGUGGCAUGUCGUCAAUUCCCAUCCGCUCGGGCGCGGUGGCCUCGGCCAUGAAACAGUUCUACCAGCAGAACAAUCACGGAUCGACGGCAAGCGUUGACAGCCAGAGCCAUUUUAUCGACCACCGCAACCAGUCGCAUUCCAUGUCGAUGAACCCCAAUUCGCCGCUGGCGCUUCGUGCAAGCCAAGGCGCCUCUUCGAUGCGCGAUCCAUCUUCUCUCUCGCCGCGUGCGCGCCCCCAUGGAGACCAGAGCGCGCAUAUGGCGGCUCCGCCGAUCAACCUUGCAUCGCUCGGAUCGCCGUCGGAUGCUCAGGCGCCGAUCCACGAUGAUGCGCAGAGUUCGCCGGAUCUGGGACAGUCCACGCACACGGACACGAGCCGCGCGACGAACCUGGAAGACGAUGUCUGCUUCCCUGUUCCGAGCCAGGUCGAUGAUAUUGCCCCUGGCCCCGAAGAGCCCGUGCAAGUGACGCCCGAGAGGCAGCGCCCUGGUUAUCCAUACACAUUCGAUUUCGAGGUGCUUGAAGCGUUUGCCGACGAAGAGCGCCACAGUCUGGGCGGUGUCCAAUCGUGGCCCGAGGCGCCUAAUGUCGGCAGUGCGCCGAAACGUCACCAUGGGACUUACCGUGGCAGUGCAAUGCCCGCUUCGGUCGACAAUGGCGACUCGACCCUGUACAGCCGUCGCCCGCGUCGUCCGACGAAUGGUGCUAGCGAAAGCGGUAACAAAUUCCAGCGCAAGCUCGCUCUCUUUGAGGGCGGCCAAUCGUUUGGCUCGUCGAUGGAGCCCUCGUCGCGUUUCUCGCAGAUGGCCGAUGCGACUGAUGAACCGACACGCCCCCUGCUGAAGGGUACGUCGCAGCAGACCUACCACGGCAUGACGAACAACGACAAGGAGCUGGCUGGUGAGACGCGCCACCGCUCGCGUGCUCACUCGCAACCGGAUGUCGGCCGCCCUACGCCUCUGCCGCAUGCUAUGGCGGACAAGCCUUACCGCUAUACCUUUUACUCGAAUGCGCUCCCUACAACGAUUCAUGCGCGCUACCUGUCGGAGCUUCCCGCGAAGCACCAGUCCUUUGAAGAGCUCUUCCAAGGCAUUGUACCCGACGAGGACAAGCCUCAAGGUGGUCAAGGUGGCACGACGACGCCCAAGGUGCCUCCUCCGCCUGGCCCACUUCCCCCAGGCGUGCCUACGGAUCCGGCGCGCAUGAUGGAGUCGGACCCCACGACGUGGUGGCUGGAUGUUCUCUGUCCCACGGACCAAGAAAUGAAAGUCAUCAGCCGGACCUUUGGCAUUCACCCUCUCACGACAGAGGAUAUCCUAAUGGAAGAGACGCGCGAGAAGAUUGAACUUUUCCGCAACUACUACCUCGUGUGUUUCCGGUCGUUCGACCAGGACCCUUACAGCCCCACCUACCUGGAACCGUUGAACAUGUACAUUAUUGUUUUCCGCGAAGGCACGCUGUCGUUCCACUUCCGCCAGACGCCACACCCCCAGAAUGUGCGCCGGCGUAUCAAGCAGCUGAAGGACUACAUUAAUGUGACAUCCGACUGGAUUUCGUACGCGCUGAUCGACGAUAUUACCGAUGCAUUCGGCCCGCUGAUCCAAGGCAUCGAGUUCGAGGUCGACUCCAUCGAUGAGCUUGUGCUAAUUCUGAAGGAGGCUGAGCAGAGCGAUAUGCUCCGGCGUAUCGGUACCUGCCGUAAGAAGGUCAUGGGCCUGCUGCGUCUUAUGGGCAACAAGGCGGACGUCGUCAAGGGUCUUGCGAAGCGCUGCAACGAGUACUGGGCGGUGGCGCCCAAGUCGGACAUUGGCUUGUACCUGUCCGAUAUCCAAGACCACUUGAUCACCAUGACCCAGAACUUGAACCACUACGAAAUGAUUCUGUCGCGUUCGCACAGCAACUACCUCGCGCAGAUCAGUAUCGAGAUGACUGAUGCGAACAACCAGAUCAACGACGUGCUGAGCAAGCUGACGGCGCUCGGUACAGUCAUUGUCCCGAUGAACGUCAUCACGGGUCUCUGGGAAUGA